AAAAGUAAAAUAGGUAAAAGAGAAAAUAAAAACUAACAAGAAAGAAGUUGAGAUGCUUCUUGUCUCUCUUGGGAGAUAGAUAGAUAGUUUGCAAAGGAAGAAAAAUAGAAAAUCUAAUCUUUUGGUUUAGUAAAAUUCCGGAGGCUGAGAAACAUUCAAAAGCCUCUUGAAGAACUUCUAGAGAUAUAUAUUGUGUGUUUGGUUUUUGUAUUUGGUUUCUGUAAUCAUAGCAGAACCAAGAAAAAAAAAACCAAACAUAAGCAUUCUGACUUGUUGGAAGUGGAAGGACAUAUAUUGAGACUGAAAUUUUGAUUUAAAUUUUUUAUGUGGUGUUUGUUUGGAAAGAAAGAAAGAUGUGGAUUCCUAGAAAUGGAGAAAGGAAUGAGGUGAUAAAUAGGUUGGUAGCAGUGGCUAUAGACAAGGAUAAAGGGAGCCAAGGUGCUUUGAGAUGGGCUAUAGAUAAUCUCCUCAACAGGGGCCAAAGUGUUGUUUUGGUACAUGUUAAGACUAAACCAUCUGGCUCUUUUCAUUCUUCCCCAUCUCUUUAUGCUCCAAGGUUUAGCCAUACUUCCGAUGGUAUUGAUGAAAAUGUAACAUCAUUUACCGAUUCUGGUUCACAAGCUAAGGAAUUUUUUCUUCCCUUUCGUUGUUUUUGUACACGUAAAGAUAUACAAUGCCAAGACGUUGUGCUGGAAGAUACAGAUGUUGUCAACGCAUUAGUCGAAUUCGUUACUCAUUCAGCAAUAGAGAUUUUGGUUCUCGGUGCCCCCUCAAAAGGUGGAAUUCUUAGGAGAUUCAAAGCAACAGACAUUCCAGGCAGUGUUUCAAAACAAGUGCCUGAUUUUUGUACGGUAUAUGUAAUCUCCAAAGGAAAGAUCUCAUCCACACGAUCUGCAUCUCGUCCGGCGCCGGCUGCAUCCACACUCCGUAACCAAAUUUCACAUCAAGCCAGCAAUGACAAAUCUGAUCAACAAUCUGAGAAAUCAUUGAUACCCGCAACUACUAGUCUGAAAGGAGCUCCAAGGCUUCUAUCUGAGCCAUCACAUAAAUCAGAAUAUGACCUGGACUACAUCAAGUCACCAUUCACUCACAGGAAAGGGCUAAAUGGCAAACCUCAUGGAGAUUACUCAUCACCGGAUACAGACAUAUCCUAUGUGAGCUCCGGGAGAGCAAGUAUCGACCGCAUAUUUCCUUCACUCUAUGAUAGCUUUGAAACGAGCCGGUCCCCACGGCUGUCGAGCUGCUCAGAAUUAGAGAACGUGCAUCAUAGUUUUGAGUCAAUGAACCUAACUGGACACAAAUCAGUUGAUACAACUACACCUGAAUUCUCUCUGGUCUCCCAAGACAGUGAUAAAUCAUCUUCAUCACAGACAAUGGACGACGUUGAAGCUGAAAUGAGGCGGCUGAAGCUGGAGCUCAAGCAAACAAUGGACAUGUACAGUACAGCUUGCAAAGAAGCUCUAACAGCAAAACAAAAGGCAAAAGAGCUCCAGCGCUGGAAAAUGGAAGAAGAACAGAGAUUAGAAGAGGCAAGACUAGCAGAGGAAGCUGCAUUGUCAAUACUAGAAAAGGAAAAAGCAAAGUCGAGGGCAGCCAUUGAAGCUGCUGAAGCAGCUCAGAGGAUUGCAGAACUGGAAUCACAAAAGAGAAUUAAUGCAGAAAUGAAAGCAAACAAAGAGGCAGAAGAGAAGAAUAGGGUGCUAAGAAAACUGGCUGUAUCAGAUGUCAGAUACAGGAAGUACACAAUUGAUGAGAUAGAAGCUGCAACGAAUUUCUUUUCAGAGUCACGUAAAAUUGGAGAGGGGGGUUAUGGGCCAGUGUACAAGUGUUAUCUUGACCACACACAUGUUGCAGUUAAGGUUCUCCGUCCAGAUGCAGCUCAAGGAAGGUCACAAUUUCAGCAAGAGGUUGAAGUACUGAGCUGUAUAAGGCAUCCUAACAUGGUUCUCCUGCUGGGAGCAUGCCCGGAAUAUGGGUGCCUAGUCUACGAGUACAUGUCUCAUGGGAGCUUAGAAGACUGUCUCUUCCGGCGAGCAAACAGUACUACUCCCCCUCUCUCUUGGCAGCAAAGAUUCCGAAUUGCAGCUGAAAUCGGGACUGGCCUACAUUUCCUCCACCAGACCAAGCCCGAGCCACUGGUGCAUCGUGACCUAAAACCUGGCAAUAUCUUACUUGACCGCAACUUCGUGAGCAAGAUUAGUGAUGUUGGCUUGGCUAGGCUUGUCCCUCCAGCUGUGGCAGACAAUGUUACUCAGUAUCGAAUGACAUCAACAGCCGGAACGUUUUGCUACAUAGAUCCCGAGUAUCAACAAACAGGGAUGCUCGGAGUAAAAUCUGACAUAUACUCUCUGGGGAUCAUGUUUCUACAGUUAAUAACAGCCAGGCCACCAAUGGGAUUGACUCACCACGUUGAAAGGUCUAUUGAAAAGGGAACUUUUGCUCAGAUGCUUGAUCCAGCAGUCCCUGAUUGGCCUGUUCAAGAAGCCUUGUUAUUUGCCAAGAUGUCUCUCAAGUGUGCAGAGCUGAGACGGAGAGACAGACCAGAUCUUGCCAAGGUUGUUAUGCCACUGCUUGAAAAAUUGAGAGGAAUUGCUGAUGAGAGUGUUGUGUUCAAUGCCAGUACUAUACACUCACCCAACCACAGCCAAGUUUCUAUGUCUCAUGAUGGAUUGAGUUACCCGGCAACACCUGUGCAAUCGGGAUAAGAUAGUAGUUCCAGAAGCCCCUUGAGAAAGUACUCUAGAAAAGGGGGGGAAAAAAAAUUAAAACAUUUAAGCAGCGAAAAAGAAAAAAAGAAAAAGUUCAACUAAUGUUUGUGCAAAGCUUCUUCCCUCCUAGCCUCUGUACACAACUAAGAAAAGGUGAAAAGGAUUUCUCAGGUUACAUCCUUUUUUCUUUUCCGUUCCUUUCUUUUCUUGUCUUUUGUUUUGUUUAUUAGUUAGCUGCCCUACUCGAAGAACCAAAUUUCAUAUGGCAUGACUGCAGACAAAUAAGACUGAGCAUGUUUAGAGAGGUUGUUAACAAAGAAAAACAUAUCUGUACAUUUGUUUCCAGGAAACAAUUUUGGGUUUUGUAAGCAAACAGCACCAAGAGCCAUUGAAGCUUAGGUGGCUAGCUAUGACUUGAUGUUUAUUAUUCCGUGUAAAGAAAUUGAUUUCUGUAUAAUUUACAGUAUAGUUAUAUGUAAGGUUUAUUCUUAUUUUUCAA